AUGAAACCAAACCAAUCGCACAACCAGCUCGUCUUGGAUAUCAACAUUCACGAUGUCUACCAGUCCGGGGACAUCAACUGUCUGCGAAAAUUCCUGAAUACGAUCGAAAGCACCAAGAAAGCCUCGCUGAUCAGCACGACGCUCAACAGAAGAGACCAAUCAGGCCGGACGCUCCUCCAUAAGCUUGCUGCCUCAAGAGCCGAAUCAGCAUCAAUAGAAUGGCUCCAACUCCUCGCUCAAAACCAUUUCCUCCAGCUCAACAUUCCAGACCUCGAAUCCGGUUGGACGCCUCUCCAUCGGGCACUCUAUCAUGGCAAUCUAAGAUUUGCAAAAGUGCUAAUAGACCAGCUAGAAUGUGAUCUGAAUACCAAGGAUAAUGAAGGCUUAUCAGCAUUUGACCUGUACCACACGACAAUUGGUGGCCCCAUAAACUUGAUGGACUCAAAACUAUCAAUCGAACCCAAGGAUCACCACACAGAUCUUUUUACUUGGGGUUCCAACCGAAACUUUGUCCUUGGCAUUCACGACGAUGGAGAUAGGCAUCAUCCCGAACGAAUUCACCUCAAACGGUCUAGUAGCUCUUCUCAUAGUCAACACCCUCCUCCAGCUGCCCGUCCAGCUCCAGCAAACCAAUUCAUAUCCAAUCCUAUAGACUUUGUCGCCAUCGGUCGACUCCAUACCGCCCUCAUCACCUCAGAAGGCGAGCUACGAGUAUGUGGAUUCGGAUCUGGCGGAAGGCUAGGAUUGCCGACAAACUCAAGGAGUAAUACUCAAGAUCAUCGACCGACUGCCUCGAUUUCGGCCGAGACCCAAUUCACCUUUGCCCCCGUCAAAGGAGGCGGCUUGGCUCAGCAAAAAGUCAAAUUUGUUGCCUUAGGUCAAGACCACACUGUGGUGAUCACAAAUUCAGGACAGGUUUACACAUUUGGGAUGAACAGGUUCGGUCAACUGGGAUACGGCCCCGAGUCCCCAGGAGCCUCUCUCGAGAAUAUGAUUCAAGUCGAGCCGAAACGCGUACUUGGUUUGCUCAAGAAGGUCGAUGUGAUUGGAGCGGCUGCCUCCCGCUGGCAUACUGCCGUCUUCAGCUCAGAUUCACUCUUCACCUGGGGAGCCAAUCGAGGUCAACUGGGCUACCACAACCCUCACCCUCACAACUCCUUGGCCUCGAUCCAAAUCACACCUAGGAAGGUGGCCAUUGCUCAAACAUCUAUCAUCCAACUAAGCUGCACAAGCUAUGAGACUGUCUAUCUCUGCGAAAACUCCAGUGAUGUGUACGUUUUGAAGUCUGAGCAGACGCUCAGAGUUUCCUUCUCACCAUUCGACCGUUUUCCCUCCGAUAUCCAAGUUUCUGGCAUGCCCAGCACUCAUCGAGGACAUACCCCAACCACACGAAUCAUCCAGCUCGAUAGCUCCGAUCAAACCUUGGCCGCAGUAUCAAGUAUGGGGGACGUGUACAUAGUCGACUUGGAAAAUCCAAAUCCGUUGGAGAACCCUAUCAAUUAUUCUACAAUGUCUUCCAGUCCACAUCGAUACAGCGCCUCGACGAUCCCGUCGAAUCCUCCAUUCAAACCCCGACGGAUAUGGUGUUCGACCAAAUCGACCGAUGCGGCUAAACAAGUCGGCGUGGGGCUGGAUGGAGAUGUGAUCAUUACCACGAUGCCUGGGCAUGUUUAUAUUAGCUACAGGCGAUCAGCAGUCAAUGGGCCUCUCAAAAGCCUGGACAGUCGCUCGACCGAACCGUCUACCAUGAUAAGUGCGAAGAAGAAUUACAAGUUUCAGAGGGUUCAAUGUCUCCAGCGAGUUUCUCAUGUAGCCGCAAGUCCGACUGGCUCGUAUGCGGCUAUCCGAAAGGAUGUUCAAUUGAGGGAGAUCCAGCAAAGCUUACCCGAGGAGAAAAUAUCACUCUCUUCAAGGCUUGCGAGUAUGCUUCCGCAUCUCAAGAAGUAUGCCAGCUCAGUGCCCGAACUCCACAUAGUGCCUUCAGCCACAUCCUCAUCCAAGGUGUCGUCAUCCGAUGCCUCCUCAAGGGGCUAUUUCGGCUCUGGGACUAUUUCACCCAGCUCCGAAGUGCAUUUAGACGUAGAUGAGAAUAUCGUUGAAGAAGAAGAAAAUGAUCGCGAGGAUCUCGUCUGGGAUUCUCGAGUCGGAUCGGCGCUAUUUGGCUUGUCCUUGAACUGGACUGAUCAUCUCCCCACCUUGGACAGUGGGGAUAUUUAUUUGGCCGCCAACACUGGAGAAAGGAUCUUGGUGCAUCGGUUCAUAUUGUGUUCGAGAUCGCCAAUCUUGGACCGAAUCCUGAAUAAUCUCGCCCAUAUCGAUGGCAUCAGUUACCAUCCGGGUGAUACUGGAGAAGAGGAUGAUCUUGAAGGGUCCAUCAGACUGCCCACGCUACGCUUCGACCACCAUGUACUCUUAACUCUGUUGCUUUUCAUCCAUUACAUCUACACAGACACUUUUCCAUCUAUCUGGGACAACCGGGUGUGGCCACAGAUCGAACAUGCACACCAAGAGUUUCUUUCAAACACUAGUUUGCCCGGGAAAACUAGAUAUGACAUCAUCCAUCUGCUCAACGAAGCCAAAGAGGGCCUCAAGAGCCUUGCCAAAAGUCUCAAUUUUCCUGCCCUGGAGCUCUCUCUUGUACGACUCGGCAAGGCCACCCCUGAGUCUCUCCUCUCUGACCACUUUCGGACGAUCUUACCCACGCUGGGCUUGCCGAAAAGUCACUUAUCCGACGUCAAGGGUACUGUCAAGGGGGAAGCCCUUCAAGUUCUCCCUGGCGACGAUCUCGUCCCGAAUCCUCAAUCCAGCAACUUGAGUCCGGACAUGGAGCUGGAACUCCAAGAUGGCGAGAUCCUUGCCUGUCACUCGAUCUUGAUGCGCGCUCAAUGUCCGUUCUUUCGGUUGAUGUACGACCAAGAUGUCUGGGUGACCGGUCGCAGACGAGCCAAGGCUGCGGGAAACACCGACUUGAUUCGAAUCGACAUGGGCCAUUUGUCGAAGAAGGUCAUGCAGGUCGUUUUGCGCCACAUCUACACCGACGAUGCCGAUGAUUUAUUCCUGGCCAAAGACUUCCUUUCAUUGAAUGAUUAUAUCGACUUUGUCUUUGAUGUCAUGUCGGUAGCGAAUGAGUUGAUGAUGGACAAGCUGAAGUAUAUCUGUAGUGUGGUUCUUAGACGUUGCGUAAAUCUAUUGAACGUGACUGCGAUUGCGGCUGAAGCCGAUUUUUAUCGCGCGGAUUCGCUGAAAGAAACAUGCAUGAAUUACAUGAUUCACAACUUAGAAGCACUUUUUGAAGAUAAAGGAUUAAUCAAGAUCCCCGAUGAAUUACUCUCAGCAAUCUCUACGUAUUUGAAGCGGGUCCAGGCGGAUGUAUUCCCAGUCUCUCGAUCGACACGGAUCAUCGACGACUUGAUGGCUCGGAAUUCUCAGUUUUUAGUUGACUUGGAUCUGCCUAAAUCCAAACUUACUUUGACGACACGUCACUGGAAAUCUUUGCACAAAUCCUUUACUCAUCAAAGCUCUCAAGCGCUCCCAGAUGUUGAGGUAUCUUUCAAUCAAAGGAUCUCGAAGGGGUCGGUUGAGAUUGGUCCUCAUCAGCUAAUGACUGGCAGUCCGAACGGCGGUUUCCCCUCGCCACCAUCCGUACCUGUUAAAACGAUUCAAGUGACUAAUCCAGAUCUAAGCGCGAUAGAGUCCUACCCAGGAUUGGAUGGAACUCCUUCGAAAGCCAUUGACAUAGAUGACGAUGCACCGUUCGUGAUGGAUGAACUUGAUAACGCGACCCACUCGACGCCCAGGGGAGCUAGCAAGCAGAAACUAGCCCACUCAUCCUUCCCCAAUGACUGUCCGGUAUGGGCGACUCCGAUCAACAAAGUAACGCCUAUCGAUCUCCGGACGGUGAUGUCCUUGGGAAAAAACCGCGCCCCGGUCGGGCCCUCUCACCCCCACCUAGACGCCCUCACACCUCCUCGAUUGCCUUCUGAUCUGACGCCCAAUCAGAAACUCUCUCAACGAGAAAAGAGGCGCCAGUCAGCGGAAGCUUCUAAAUCCAAAGUAGACUCAUUAUCGACCGCAGCUACUCAUAACAGCCAGAGCAAGGCGCCUGCGUGGAGGUCGAUCAGCAGCGGCAGUGAUCGGAAGAUUUUCGGGCCUAGCGGGCCAGGGCUGCCGGCCUUGAUGAACAAUAUGUCUCUCUCUUGCUCGCCCAGCUCGUCCCAAACACCCGCUGGACCAUCCAAAACUGUCCAGCCGAUUGGUCCACGGGUCCAGGGAGCCGUGCCGAGGAAUCUCGAACCAAACGACCCUGCCUCCGCCGUUGGCGCAUCCGUCAUCACUCCUACUCGAGCUGCCAAUGGAAUCGGAGCUAGCAACUCUUCCCGACGCGCCUUGGCCGGCCAAGAUACGCCGUGGACCAACUAUGUCUCUACGUCUACACAUUUCGUGAUCCCUGGGACCUCCUCUGGACCACUAGAUCCAUCAUCAAACCUGGUUGUUGGUUCUCACGAAGACAACAAACUUGAAGAUAGUAACACUCAUCUACUUGGCAGCAGCAGUGGGAUCGAGAACACUUCCGGCACUGGCCGAGUGACGCCGAGGACUUCGAGCCAAGGGAGACCGACGACGACGAACUUUUCGACGAUCCAAGAGCUUCAAGCUAAGGAGAGCUGGGCGUUGUAUGGCCCUGGGAAACAGAAGCCCAAGUUGGCGGAGAUCCAGGAAGAAGAGAACCGUCGACUGAAGGAGAAGAGGCAGGAGGAGCAGUUCCUGAAGUGGUUCGAGGAGGAAAGCCAGAGGCUUCAGCAGAUCCCUCCGGCCGCUCAUCAUCGCCCUAACAAGCCACCCCGGAAACCCGCUCACAAAGAAAAGAAAGCUAACCAGAUCCCGGCCAAGCCGACUGUUUCCGAGCAUCAUGAUCUAAAUAGACUCUCCGGCAGAGAUCUUCCUCCUCAUCAUGAGUUCCCCAACCCAUCUCCAAAAGGGAAAAAGAAAACAAAAGCUAAUAAGUCGAUGCUCUCCGACUCGAAACCCUCUUGCACUUCGUCCACUCCUACACCUGCAAUGACUAAAACUGCGACUGCUCCAUCAUCGUCUGAGAAAACUUCAAAUGGGGUCCAAUUAAUAUCACAAUGA